CAUCGGCCACAUUCUCUCAAGAUGGGCUCGCGUCUUUCAGGAACGGGGUACUUCUAUCCUUUAUUCAUGGUUUGCAUCUUCUUGUUUCGGAUGGUGGAUGCUCAUGCAGGAAUCAUAGACCCAAAACCUAUGGUGGUUGGCAAGACAUUCACAAGCACAUGUGGAGUUCGGGCAAGCGGUAUCAUCAAACGUAGUCCUUUUAUUAACCAGGAGGCUUGGAAAGUAACGUCUCCUCAAUGUCUACAGAGGAGAUGCCAAGGCUUAUUUGUCGAAGAUCAGAAUCUGCAAAACAUUGCAAAAUUUAUCUCUGGUCAAGAUAUUCCUGUGACAAUACAGGUCCAGGUUCCACAUGGCGGAAUAGCUAAGCUACUUCUCAUGGAUAUGACCGCUCAAAGACCAGUCCAAUCGGAGGGAAGCGAUCUGGUAUUAAAGGACUUGGGUCGAAACUUUGGAGUGCCAGCGCAAAGAAGAAUCCAGAAGUUCAUAGUCAGAAUUACAUCGGAACAAGCGGAUGCGUGUCAGAAGUCGGGAGGAACAUGCGCAAUUGCAUUCCGCUGGCAAGUAAGAACAAAUGAAAUCUACGAAAUCUGUUCUUUGGUAAGCAUACGUGACGCAUGAUUGAAAUUGAAUGGACUGGACGCGAUCUGUCGGCAGGCACCGUAUAGUAUUAGUGCCAAUGUACUUUGAAAAAGAAAAAAUGAAAUGAAAUGUUGCUGCCACUCCAUGUCUUGACCUCAAUAAUAACAUCACUGUUUGCAACCUGUUUAGUGACAGUGUGCCUGAAAACUGGUAUUAAAUUUGAAUUUAGACAUAAAACACGGGACGGAAAAG